CGCUUAACCAAUCGUUUAGUUAACCAUCGACUGCACACCGGCGCGUACCGUUCGCCUCUCGCGCGUUUGCGUUCGCUGUUUAACGUUGUUAUACUCUAAAACGCACUUACAUACACACACCCGAGUGUUUAUGUAUUAUUAUUUUUGUAAACAUUAUUAUAACAUCGUAUAGACUUGUGAUUUUUUUUUUCGUCGUCUCAAAUUUUUGGACCCGCGACCGUUCUUACGUUUAUAUUUUCGCGCGCGUCGUACACGUCUACUCGUAUUUUGUACCUGAAUAGCGGCCGAACGGCACAUCGACGUUAUAAUUGUGUAUAUAAAAUCAUCCACGACAGCCACACGCCAUAUAUACCACUACCACGACGGCGACACUUAUCGGCGGUACGGUGCAGUCAUCCGGUCGCAGCAAUACGUCUUUGCUGCAGCAGUGGCCGGUCGGGCUAGCAGCUGCAGUGGCCACCGGCGGUGACGGUAUCGGUAAUAGCAGGACGACGACCACCGCGAUGACCGUGCACGAACUCACGGCCGCAUCAGCGGCUGGCACUAUGCCCAUGCACCAUCUCGGCCGAUCCCGAUUCAUGAUCACGGACAUACUGUCCGACAACGGGCGCAACAACGGCGGAGGUUCGCCUGUGUCGCCCGCUUCGUCCACAGACGGGCCACGCGACCUGUCUCUGCACGGCCGCGCGUCCUCCGGCAGCAACGGCGGAGGAGGUGGCCAGGGAGCAGGGCCCGCCGGCGUUGGCGGAGGGCCUGCCGACUCGGACCUGAGCGACGAUCACGAGAGUGGCACCGAUAGCGGACUGCCAGGCGACAACUCGUCAGUUUGCUCGAACGGUCAUAGAGACGACGAUGGCCGGAAUUCCGGUUCAAAUCUCAGCAAGAAACAGAGAAAAGCGAGGACGGCGUUCACGGACCACCAGUUGCAGACGCUCGAAAAGAGUUUCGAGAGACAAAAGUACCUGAGCGUACAGGACCGCAUGGAAUUGGCAGCCAAGCUCAAUCUGUCCGACACCCAAGUCAAGACCUGGUACCAAAACAGAAGGACCAAAUGGAAACGUCAGACAGCAGUGGGCCUGGAACUGUUGGCCGAGGCGGGCAACUAUGCGGCGUUCCAGCGGCUUUACGGAGGGCCUCCAUACGGCUGCUGGCCCUACCCGGCUGGCGCCGCGGGGGCCGCCGGUGGCGUUUCCGGCGGGGGUGGUGUGUCGGGGGCGGGCGGCGCUCCGUCCGCGGCCGACUUGUACUACCGUCAAGCGGCUGUGGCCGCGGCCGCAGUGUCCACGCUCCAGAAGCCUUUGGCCUACAGGCUGUAUCCCGGCAUGGCGGGCGGGCCUGGGGCCGCGGGCUCCGGCGCCGGCGCGUCCGGCCACCAUCACCACCACCACCACAUACCGCCUCCACCGGUGCCGCUCGCCCACCCGAUGUACUACGGUGGCGUCCACCAUCCGGCCACCAUGCAGCCGAUGCCCGGCCGCAGCCCAACGCCCGAACCACCAGGCCGAUCGUCCCGCGGCUCGCCCAGAUCGACGGUGGACAGCCGGCCCGGUUCGGUGGACGUCGAAGACGACAGGUCCAACUCGCCCAAUGUGGACGUUUAAGCGACGACCGCGGCGCGCUGGCCUGCCGCGUGCCAUAAUAUAAUAUACCAUCAUAGCACCGCGCACGUGACUAUAUAUUAUUAUUAUAGUCCGUCACUCGUUGUCGUGUUUAAGUGCAGCUGCAGUGUACGCGCGUGUCUAUAAUAAUAUUCUUAUAUAUAUACAUGAGGCACUGUAAAAUGCACCCUCAAACACAUACACCCACCUAGUCGUCGUUUACUCUCUUUAUUAUUAUUAUUAUUAUUAUUAUUAUUACAUGUAUAUGUAUAUUAUAAUAUAUAUUUUACGUUCCGUACCGACUCUGGCGCGAAAAAUGUUUUUUGUUUACUUUACUUCAUAUUAUUAUAUCGUGAGAAAUUAUUACUGCGGCAAACUUUAUUACCACGUUUUAAUUCGAUUAUAUAAUAAUAAUUAAUAUUAUCAUACAUUUUUGUAAGAAAACCUUAUACACAGAAAGAUGUCAUAUACUCAUAUUAUAAACUAUGUUCCCCUAAAGUACAAAUAUUCUAUUUUUAAUUUAUUUGUAGUUAAACCGUAAUAUAUAAUAUAGUAGGUAUAUAUUAUAUGGUACUGGUAUAACACGUUUUUCAGUGGAGAAAAAUAUCCGAAUUUAUUCGUUAAACACACGUGUAGGUAUUUGUUAUUAAAUUAUCAUUAUGAACUCGUACCGAAGAUUUUGUUAUGAAUUUGUUCAAUCAUUUAUUUUUAUUUUUUUUUUAUUUCAAUAAAACUAUGUCGGUAAGCCAGAGACUUUAACGUACGUCAACCAUCCGGUUACUCGUGAGUGAAACAAUAUGUGGGUACUAUACAUAAUAUAACUAUCUUGUUUAUUAACAUACAUAUUGUAUUGUAUAACUUGUAUGUCUAUAUACUUUUAUGUAGGUAUGUUUUUCAUAAUUUUGCUUACCACGAUUGUUUCUUAUCGAUAUUAUAUAUUAUUAUUAUUAUUAUUAUUAUUAUUAUUAUUAUUAUUAUUAUUACUGUAAAUAUUACUUAUAUAUUACGACAAUUAGAUACCAAUAUUGUAUAUAUAGAUACAGUGUAAGUGAUAAGUAUCAAUAAUUUAUUUCGUAUGUUUAUUAUGACGUAGUGAGUAAGCAAGUAAAUAAUAUAUAAAUAAUUAUAUUAUACGAAGUCGUGCAAUGUAAUAAUAAUAAUUAGACUAUAAGUAUUAAGUAUAUUCUAACAUAAUGUACAUAUAUAUAGACAUUUUAUUACUUUAAAUCAUAAUACAAUAAUUGUAUGUACUAUUUUGUCAUCAGGCUUGGUAUAUAACCGUAUACUUUAUAUGCCGUAUAUAAUGUGCGUAUUGAUAUACGAUAUUUGUCAUGUAACCGUCGAGUGUAGAGAACAUGAUCGUGCCAAAAAAAUAAAAAAUAAAAAAAAUAGUGUACGCGAUUAAUAAAACAAAUGAACAAAGUAGGCAAAAAAAUACCGAGACGCUUCGUUUUAUAUAUGACACACAAUAAUUGUAUACCUAAUAUUUAGGAAUCGUAUAUAAUAUUGUAAGCUAUAUUUAUGUACGCGUAUUCAAUUAUAUUAUAUUUAUAACAAUAUGUAUAAAAGCGCUGAUGUACACGAUCGCGCGUUGCCGUACGAUGGUUUUCCGUGUAAAUAAUAACUAUCAUUCUUGUUACAUGUAAAAAUAUAAAAAAUAAAUUAACAUUAUUGUUUAGAGUUUAAC